AUGAACCACACUUCCACUGUCGAAGCAUCAGCGGAGGCUUCCCUAAUCCUCUCCAAAAUCAACCGCGGGGGCACUAUCGGCGUCGUCAAUAUUGGCGUCGCUAUGUCUGCCAUGGUGUAUGGAGUCACAUGCAUUCAGACGUUUCAGUACUACCGCUCAGCUAAAUCGAAGGAGGACUCGUUGUUCAUCAAGGCACUAGUACCGUCUCUAUGGUUCCUAGACUCGGUCCAUCAGGCACUCGUUAUGCAUGUUUCGUACUUCUAUCUCAUCACCAACUAUGCAAACCCUGCCGCGCUGCUUCAAGCUGUAUGGUCCAUUCCGAGCACAAUCAUUGUGACGGGCGUGAUUGCCUUUUUGGCCGACGGCUUCUUCCUCCUCAGGAUUUGGCGGCUCAAGCGCAACAUGGUCAUCACCGCGAAUUGCAUACUUGCCACAGUGGCCCAUUUAGCCACCAACCUGCAGCACCUAUCUGUUAUCCCCAGCUUAGAGUUCCGCUCACUUGUGGAGGCCGAGGCACAGCUCAAAGCGACGGGGACCGCGAGCUUAGCGGUGGGAGCUGCCGCCAAUAUGGUCAUAUCCGGAGCAAUGGUAUGGAUAUUGAGUCAAGAAAAGGCGACGACUCGUCGUGGACCGCUGACUUGCAUAUUUGAGAUUGCUGCUCUUGUCUCCUACCUGGCAGCUCAAUCUCUGCUCUACAACCUGUUCUUUGAGAUCAUACUUGGAAAGCUGUACGUCAAUGCAGUCUUGACGGCGCUUAACUCUCGGGCCUACGUCGGCAAAAAGUGGGAUGGUGGCGUUGAUAUCAGCUCUAUCUCGCUCCCCACAUUUCAACUCAAUGGCACCAGCUUUUCCAAUAACCGGACUACAGAUUCCGCAGCUAUUACCAUUGACGAGACAAACAAAGAGGGUGACAAGGCCAGUGCCACUGUCUGA